CGUUUUCAGAAGAAAAGGAAGAAGGAAGAGCAGGUUUUCGUUGGGGGUUUUCUACGUAAAUCAAUUCCCUUAUAACUGAAUUUCCAGAUAGAAUAUGUCCACCCCAGCAAGGAGGGAGGCUUAUGAGAGAUUUCAAAAGGUUACAAGAAGAUCCCCAGCUGGUGUCAGUGGCGCUCCAACAGAUAAUAAUAUUAUGUUAUGGAAUGCUGUUAUAUUUGGGCCACACGACACACCAUUUGAAGAUGGAACUUUCAAGUUGACAAUUGAGUUCACAGAAGAAUACCCUAACAAACCUCCCACAGUUCGCUUUGUAUCCAAAAUGUUUCAUCCAAAUGUAUAUGCAGAUGGUGGUAUAUGUCUGGAUAUAUUACAAAAUAGAUGGAGUCCCACAUAUGAUGUAUCUGCUAUUUUAACCUCUAUACAAUCGCUGCUUGAUGAGCCGAAUCCCAACAGUCCAGCUAAUAAUGUGGCUGCUCAGCUUUACCAGGAUAAUCGGCGAGAGUACACAAAGAAAGUGAGAGUGAUCGUUGAGGAGAGCUGGAUACAUCACUGAGACUUGAGGACGCAGUGUGUCGCCACGGCGCUGUAUUCAGGCUGUCCAAUGUUUUUUGUAUAUUUGUAAAUGCUGUGCACUGAUGUUGUAGAUACUUGUAACAUUUUGUUGCGUAUUUUGUUGAUUUCGUGACACCUGUGGUAUAGCCACUCAGGAUUAUUUGAAGAGCACAGGUGAGCAUAUGGCAGAAGUUCACAUCAUUAGGGCUCCUGUCCCAUUUCAAGUAUUGGAGACAUUUCUGUGUGGCAUUACAGACGUAUUACUGCAGCUGUGCACUUCACAUGAAAGCUGUUGCACUAGUGCUGCGUGCUGCAGACAUUACAGCUGUGCAUCUCACAAGUAUGCUGAUGUUAACCACUGCACUGUCAUAAGAGGGGAUUCUUUAGUCUUGUAGGUUUUGAGGAAUGUUACUCCUUUAAUGCUUGCAAGAACCACAUUACCAAUAAUCGCAAUUUGCAUUUCCCCUCGUCUAGAGGAGGUUGAUUGUGGGUAGAUGGUAUAGUCACAUUUUGACUAACAUGUUUUCAAAAUUGUAUCUUUACAUUUGGUGCAGAUUGGUUCAAAAUUGUCAAUACUGCUACACAAGGUUUUAUGGCUCAGUUCAUUUUGUACAACAGGUUUAGAGGAGGGAAUGUUGGAAGAUAACAUGAAUAAUGUUAUCUCACUGCUAGGCAGGAUCACAAUCAGUAGUAGUCACUGCUUUAAUUCUAUAUUCAGAAUUCAUCUUCAUUAUUUUUAAUGGAAGUUUUGUUUUUGGAACAGUGAAAACAGUAGUAUUGUUUAUCCCUGCACAUGAAUUUAAAGCUUGUUAAACUCGGAAACAAUCUUUCCUAUUAAUUCUUGAUAAUCUUUGUGUCCGUGUUACAAUCAUGUGAGUUGAAAUCAAGUCAUCUUUGAAGACGAAAAUCUUGAGUAAUGAAGUGUUACCAGGGUGAUGGUACAGACGUGAAGUAGUAUGUUACUGAUGUUGUUGUGUUUUGUUUAUUUCAAAAAAUUAUUAACAAGUUUUGAGUAUUUAUUUGUACGAUCCACAUCAGUGCCAUACAUCUGUGUUUGUGCGAGUAGUUUUGCCUAGCCUCAUCACUUGUUGAUAUUUCUGACCACCAGGUACCCUGGAACUGCUGUUCAGUUUGAUAUUCCUCCAUUGUCCACUGUAGCAUGGGCUACCAUUGAAUCGUUAAGUAUAUAUAUAUUGUACAAAGUGUAAUAAACUGUUAUUUACACAUAUCGAAA